CCGGAAACGCGGUUUCAAAACUCACACUCCCAGUUCUACGAAUCGCCGCGACCGUUGUAAACCCUAGUUCAAGAUUCGAAUCCUCUCCACUUUCUUUCGGCUUUGGCUUAUAGUUCUAAUCUAUGGAGGAACCCUCUACAUCGCCGUUGCCGGCGGCGUUUCUUGAUUUUCUGAAGGAGAAUGGUCUGGACCCUUCCAUUUAUUCCGCUACUGAUUCGACUCCUCGUUAUGUCAGGUUGAAGCCUGGUUAUGAAGCCGAUGUGGAGGAGAUAGAGGACGAGAUCAAGUGCAAGCUCGAGAAAGUCAGUUGGCUGCCUGGAUUCUAUUCGCUUCCGCCUGAUGUGCAAAUUGCUGGCUCUCAUGCUUACAAAACAGGAAAGAUAUAUGGGAUAGAUGCAGCUUCCGGUGCUGCUGUAACUGCCUUGGACAUUUUACCGGGAAACCACGUUCUCGAUCUUUGUGCAGCUCCAGGGGCCAAACUUUGCAUGAUCGUAGACCUUCUUGAUGGUUUGGGUUCUGUAACCGGAGUAGAUGUUUCACAGCAUCGUUUAGCUGCCUGUAGAACAAUGCUGCAAAAAUAUGCUCUUGGUGAUAUUUGCCGACUUUUUGUUGCUGAUGGAGCAACGUUUUCUCUCAUUCCCGUGAAUGUUACUUCAGAGUCUAGAUUAGGUGAAUCUACCUUAGAAGAUAGUGUUGACAGAUUGAAGGAGUGGACCUCCAGAAAAUCUUGGAAGGAAAGGAAAAAAACAGCCAAAGCAAAACAAAAUGUUGCUGCGGAGUUAGUCCAGAGGCGUCAGGAUCCAGAACUCAUCUUUUAUGGGCUGAACUCUGGUGUGGUUGGGUUCACUAAGAGUGAAAUUUACCAAAGCCCUCCAGAAAAUGAGUUAUUGAGCUAUGGGUAUGAUAGGGUCCUAGUGGAUGCCGAGUGCACUCAUGAUGGCUCUAUAAAGCAUAUCCAGAAAUUUGAAAGUUGGGGUUGGACAUCUCUUCAGCGCAGAGUAUUGGACGCUGAGAGAACAGAUAAUUUGAGUGUACUUCAGUUAAGACUCCUUACCAAUGGUUUUAGGUUGCUCAAAUCUGGGGGGAUACUUGUCUACAGCACUUGCAGUCUUACCGUAGCUCAGAACGAGGAUGUGGUGGAACAGUUUCUCAAGGAUAAUGCUUCCGCAGAGCUGCGGGAGAUAGAAGCUGCCAGAAAUUGGCCAUGUAAGAGCGGAGGAAUACCAAAAACCUUACGCUUUGAUCCUUUGACAUCACAGACAAGUGGGCUUUUUGUAGCGAAAUUCUUGAAGAUAGCCGAAUAAAAAUCGAGAAUCACGUGGUUACAUCUCAUUCUGAUCUAAUUGGGGAUUUUGAUAAUUUAGUCAACUUUGCAUUACAGUGAUUGAGACGUGAAAAAGGUAUAUUUAUUACACUCAAUCAUUCAUCAAAGUAAAAAAAAAAAAAAAAAACGAGAUUAGGUCAAUUCGAAAGUUUAAGCUAAGCCAUCUCCUUUUUUUAAGGUUUAUUUUACAACGUUAACAACUAGAGUACGAGACCCUUUGUAUUUCGACUAUUAUUGCUUGUGGGUGGAUUUUUCUUUGGCUCUAUUCUGACCACCUUUGUUAUUUAUUUAUUUAUUAUUUUUAAUAGAGAUCGAUUGCAUGAAACUUUAUUUAAUUGAAAAAUACUUUGUCCA